AUGGCUGCGAACGACUCCAAACAGUCUAUUGGCAAAGAAGAAAUCUUGACCGAUGACAUACAGCACACUGACGAAAUUAGGACAAGCCCUAUUCCUAAGAGGACACCUCUGGAACGGCAACAAGCGUUGAAGGCAGCUCUCGAAGUUGAUCCUGGGGUCAAAAGAUGGAGCCUAAGGGCCAUGCAGAUGUAUCUAGUCACCCUUGUAGCUUGUUGCUGCUCUGGGGAUAGUGGAUUUGACGGAACCGUCAUGGGCGGUAUCAAUAGUAUGACACAGUAUCAGAAGUAUUUUGGGUUGACGGGUGUAGGCAAAAGCACCAGCAUCGUGUUCGGGAUCUUCACCAUAAGUCUCCCUUUUACUACUCCCGUGCUGUUAUCUGACGGCAAUCCAGCUUACUUCCCCGAUAAAUUUGGGCGCCGCUUCUCUAUGUUCUUCGGAAACGGGGUAUUAAUUGUUGGUGCCAUCUUAACGGCGAAUGCCACGAAUGAAGGCAUGUUUCUUGGAGGGAGAUAUCUCACAGGUCUGGGAUCGACAUGCGCGGGCGCAUCCGCAAAGUCUUUUCUUGCUGAACUCGCCCCCCCUCAUUCGCGGGGGGCUUAUCUCGGCUUUCUAAACUCAUUCUUCUACGUCGGCCAGAUUUCAGCUACAGGCAUGAUGGUGGCAACAGGGAGAUUCGAUAGUGAUUGGUCUUGGCGCCUCCCCUUGUACAUCCAGGUUGUCCCCGCGGCACUCAACGUCAUCUUCGUUUUCUUCUGCCCGGAGUCACCAAGAUGGUUAUACAGUGUUGGGAAAGAGGCGCAAGCGCGGAGAAUCCUUGCGAGAUUCCACUCCAGCACCGGUGAUCCCAAUUCUCCUCUUGUUUCGCUCGAAAUGGAGGAGAUAGAAGAGAAACUCGUCGUCGGUGGUAGUGACAAACACUGGUGGGAUUUCCGGCCCCUCUUUAGGACGCGAGCGGAUAGAUACCGAGCGUACAUGGUUAUUUUGAUUGGAUCCUUCGGUCAGCUCUCAGGGAACGGCCUUAUUACCUACUUCUUGCCGAUACUGUUGAAGAAUGCCGGCAUCACUUCGCAAGACCGUCGUUUGACGUUGAAUUUUGUAAAUAGCAUUACUUCUUACAUCGGCGGUAAGCUUCUGUGUUCUUUGUCGGGAUCCUUUAUUAUUGACCGGAUUGGCCGUCGCAAAAUACUACUUCUAUCAACGAGCGCAAUUGUCGUCAUCCUAGUUGUAGUCACUGGUCUGCUCAGCUCGUCCGGAAAUGCUGCCCAAUCCAACGCCGGGAUUACCUUCGUCUUCUUGUUCAUGAUAUCUUCUCAUUUGGAUGGACCCCGAUCCCUGUACCCAGCGGAAGUGCUCAGUUACGAGGCUAGGGCGAAGGGUCUGGCGUUCCUUGGGAUAGUCUCGCAGUGUGCCCUCUUGAUCAAUACCUUCGGCCUCCCUGUUGCUCUGGAGAGGAUAACGUGGAAAGGCAUGUCGCCUCUCUAUGUGAUAUUCGCUAUUUGGGACCUCUUUGAAGUGAUAGUCAUCUAUUUCUUUGUCGUGGAGACGAAGGGUUUGACGCUGGAGGAAAUCAAUGAAGUGUUCGAGCAGCCGAACCCACGACAAUAUAGCACAGGGGUGAAGCGAUGA